ACUAUUAUGUAAAUGUUAAUGAAGUGGAUUUGUUAUUUUUACCGAUUCCGAUCGCAUACGAAAUAAGCAACACACGAAGCGCAACACUGCCAGCGAACAAUUUUCAACGAGUAUAUUUGAGGUCAGUUGAGCACGGCGACCGUUGAGUGCCUGGACUUAAGUCUUAAGUAUUCAAAGUGUCCGAAAAGUGCCUAAAGUCACUCUUUGCUUUGUUUAUCCAUAUUUCAAGUCGUUUGCAAUUAUAGAAAAUGUCUUUUUCAAGUGUGUCUUGAAACAGUAAGCGCGCUCACGUGUGGCUACGAGUGUGUCGCUCUGUGUGUAUAUGUGUGUAAAGGAAGUGCCAAGUCGCAAUGGAGGAAGUAAUAGAUGCGCGUUUUUCCACUCAUAGGCACGGAAUUUAAGCGCCAAGUGUACUUAUUCGAUAUGUAACACGCGUGUCUAAUUUGUUAUUGCAUCACCUUAUGUCUUAAAAGCGCAUUAAAAUGUCAAUAUUGCUACAUUUCCCUUAGGUUCAGGUACUGAGUAUAAGAAAUAUUUGUAGAUCACUUAAAUGUGCUCGAUUUUUUGGAAAAAUUGGUAUGAAAUAAAUAAAUAAAUUUAAGUGUCAAAAAUAUAUUAGUUAUAUAACAGUAAUGCAAUUACAAAAGGGCACUUCAUGUGAGUUUAUUACUCACACUAGUUCAAUUUUUGUUCAAGCAAAAACUGUCCACUUUAGAAGCAUUAGAGUCACAGUGUUGCAAUUCGGAAUAGUAAUUUAUUAAUUCUUUGCAAAGUUCUCUAAAUAUAGUCGAAGUAAGGUAAUGAAUUUUUUUUUUGUAAAAUUUGACCGGGACUGGUCCAUAUAAACAACGCGUGCAAAACGAAAUGAUAAUUUUUUUUUCUAGAUAGCUAAAACCUUUAUUUUAUGAGGAACAGCAGAGGAUCUUAACAUUAUUUUUGCUGAAAGCCCUGAAGGCCAUCCCAGAUUCGAUUUCAAAAUUUUCAUUACUGACAGUGAGAUGUGGUCGGGUCCAGUAAGAUCCUGUUGCUCGAAGCAUGUAUUUCUGAUAAAUAUUGUAUAUCUACAGAGGUAAGCUUCAUAUAUUGUAUAAUUGCUUUGUCGAUAUCGUCAUAUGAUAUACAUAUAUAGGCCAAGCCGACUUCUGUGUCGAUAGUUUGAAAAUGAAUAGCAGAUCUAUUGUCAGAAACUCUGAAUUUGUGAUUUUUGGUCACUAUAGAAGAACCUGGGCGCGGAAAUAAGCCACUCCACUCUCAGAAUGUAUUGCAAAUAGAUCCAAAUUGACCACUGCUCUAUUUGAUUUCCUGAUAUUUGAAAAUCGCAGCUUGGUUAAAACUUCAGACCAGGUUCCCUUAAGUGCGUUUUUUUUUGUUAUCAUUUCAUUUUAUUCUGUAAAAUAGCGUAGCUUGUUUUAAAGCGCUCUUCGAAGGGCUAUUGAAUUUAUUUAUAAUUUUAGAUUCUUCAGAACUCAUUUUCCAAAUCCGCAAUCCACUGAAUGGAAUUCUACUACUUUAAAGUUAUGGAGAUCCGCAAUAAAUAAAAAAGUGCCCAUACAUGAAACUCACAUAAAUGCGCUGUAGAAAAAGCAAAAGCAAUGAUUACAACUAUCGGAGCAAUGUUGACAGUGAUUCAUUAAUUUGACGCAGCACUUCCUUGGCAGUGGUGGUGGUCAAAACACGAGCCAUAGCCACACGCGUUUGCAUACGAAGCCGAAGUUUUUAUAAAGUUGCUGCGUUUGCAUUUUGCCGGUGCCGAGUUGGUGUCAUUAGCUGACAAAGCGCAGCAAUACGCAUUCGUUUUGUCGUUUGACUGAGUCUCGGCUUAAGUUGUUGUUGCUGCUAUACCACAUAUCAGCCCACACACGCUCGAAUGUUGAUUUAUUUCUUACUUCACUAUCUUUAUUAUUGCGAUUUUAUAAGUUUACAGUAAUUUUUAUCUUUUGAUGCGACGGUAGUAGAAUAAGUAUAAGUGAUUUUAUUUUUAAAAUGUUCUCGUAAAUAGAAGUAAGUGCUCAUCUCUGAAUUCGAGAUUUGAAGCGAACUUUCAACGGCGUGGUGGGUUUAAAAAGCCAUCGAUGCAGCAGAAUCCUUCGUCUGUUCGUGUCGGAGGAUCAAACAAAUAGUAAACACAAGAGAAAAUUUGUUGCGUGUUGCUGGACUCGUGCAGCUCGUAUAAACGCACUGAGCGACACCAAAAGAGAAUUUCCUGAUAAUGAGCAACAAAAGAUUUCGUAUGUAAACCCAGUCUGACAAAUUAUUGAGGAAAUGAUUUACUUCCAAAACUAAAAAAUACCGAAAGAGCCUGGAAGCUGUGUUACUUACUUGUAGUAGAAUGCAACAUGGCUACAAGGAUGCCGGAUCCAUUGUACACUAAUUUAAAAGAAUAAGGCUGCUUUGAUGCCACGUUAGACCGAUUUUCACAGUUAUAGGACCUGCUGGUACACAUUUUUAAUAAAGCUUAACUAAAUUGUUUAUAUUAAUUGCCGUGAGUAAAUUUAUUGGCCAUAAUAGGUGCGUGCCCAUGCCUAUUACCGUAGUAAAAUUGAUAAUAACUUUUAAUUGCCAUAUGCUAUGGCCCAGAGCCAAUCUUUUUCUUUUGCUCUCAGUUAGUUGCACAAUUAUUUGAUUUUUAUUGAUUUAAUUACACAUGCGUGUAUUUGUUGUACAUUUUACUUUGUCGCACAUUUCUUUUGCACGCAUUAUUUAUAUUGCUUUAACUGACAGCUGCUUUUCAACAGGGCCUCAAGCUGCAUUGUUACGUUGUUGUAUUUAUUUAUUGUUGCUUUUGUUUUUGCAUUUACGACAACGGGAAGGCGGCCGCAUCGAACGCAGGCGCUGCACCUGUGGCUACAUGUUUGUUGUGGUUAAUUUACUUGUACGCAUUACGCUUAGUUGUUGUUUAGUUGUUAAUUUUUAUUUAUUUUUUUUGUAUUUUUAUUUAUUUUUAUUGCUUUUCAUUUAUUGCCACUGCGCUGUCGAUUAAAUAUGACAACAUUUUUUUGCAACAAAAAAGUUAUACGCUCUGCACUCCGGUAUUUUCCUCGAGUUUUUCUCACUUUUCCACCUGCGCGCUCUUUUGCUCUCGCGCGCCUUCUCACACACAAGCUCAUCAGCCGCAGCUGAGCACUCUUAUCGAUUCUGCAACACAUGUUGUUGCUGUUGCCGCUUUGCAGUCGGCAAUCAGCUGCUAUUGGUUCGGUGCAAUUGUUGCUGCAAAUGCAAACGCGCCGACUUUGCAGACACUGUUGUUGUGCAUGUGCAUGUGCAGUUCACAUUAGAUUCGCUAUAUUUUGUUGUUAUUAAUGUCGCCCACUUUUUUGGUUUGGCUUACACCCAGUUGUGUGUUGUUGCUGUUGUUUUGGUUAUUGCUUUUGCGGCAACUUACUCAAAAAUGCAUUGACUGCUCAGCAGCAGUUGUUGUUGUGUUUCUUCAUAUGUAUGCAUUGCAUAUUUCUUGUAUAUCGCACUUUUUACCAGCAUACUUUUAGCCUUGCCGCUUGCCUCUUUGCGGUUUUCUCCGCCGCCAAUCUGUCAACUCGGUGUUGCCACUCACUCGUUGGCAGCGCUGUGCAAUUUGCACACUUGUGGCGCAGCGCGCUCCAUAAUUAUUACAAUUUCAUUGGAUUAUCGUUCAGUUUCCACUGAGUUUUCCACGCGUUCGUAUCGAGCGGCGCUCUGGUGUCGCGUUAAACCGCGUGACGCGCGCGUUGCUUUAUUGCACCAUACGCCUCCUUAUUUUAUUUAACACUUAUAUACAGCCACACACAAGUGCCAUCCAAGGGACGAGUGGACGCUUUGAUGUCCUGCCAUAUAAAUUAAUAUACGUCUACGUAUAUAUUUAAGGACGCUAAGUUUGAUUUUUUUUUUUUGCAAAGAAGAAGAUAAUUGCAAGUGUUUACGCGUUCGGCUUCGCAGAAAGUGUGCUUGUGUUCGUUUGUUUUGUUUUUGUGCGUUUCCGUACGCAUCCUAUUUGCGUGUUUCUAUGCAGAGUUGCAAAGAAAAUAAUUUUUUUUUUCGUUUUCUAAAAUAUUUUUAUAUUUGUUAAGUGAUAUACAGUGCCGGCAGUGCACUUUCACGAAAGCUAUCUGUGCAAAUUAGCAAUCAAAUAAUUCAAAAAUCAUAAUGUUGCUGAAAAUCGUAACGAAUUUCGUUUGUGGUGAAUUGAAGAAAGUCAAAACUAAUUUGACGAUGUUCUUGAUCUUCUUCUGGGUGAUUUGGUUCUCGCAGUUGAUUGCCAUCUCGACGAUGUUUCUCAGCUUGCCGGAUAUUACCGAGAUUCCCACAAUCACUGUGACUGAGUUGCCAUUGGAAAUACUAGAGCCCACGCGCGGCAAUAUCGAAGCACUCAUCAUUGAUGCCGCAAAAGAGACCAUUGCGCGUGAGCAUGAAAAUCAUACAUUGGAUGUGUUGGAGAAUAGCAGUGAGGUUAUAAGAAAGGACGAAGAAAUCAUCAAAUUUGACGACUCUGGUGGCGGUGAACACAAGCAGCCAACGCUGACGGACGCAGAGCUCACUUCUAGCGAAAUUCCACAAAACAUUCCAAUUGUUAAUGCCACCAAAGCGGCGAUGAAGAAUCUUGCAGCAACGCAAAAUGAGAGCGCUAGCCAAGCUACUGCCGCCCCUGCCGAAGGAGACACCCCGACUGGUGAUAACAAUUCCGGUAAUACCGUAAAUCUUACUGUCGAAGAGGUGCCCAUACCGGUAUUCUCCGAAUGGGCCCAAAAGCAAAUGGAGGCUGCUGAGAAGCAGCAGGCAAAAGAGCAGGAGGUAGUUAAUACCGCCACGCUGAAAAAGAAUCAAGAAUCAACCAAUGGGGAUGGCAAACGUGCAGCGCCGCUUAAAAUGCGCAACAAGAACUAUGCAUCGCCCGAUUGUGGCGCCAAAAUAAUCGCCUCCAAUGCAGAUGCGAGCAAUACGGGUGCAGUGUUGAGCUCCUCAAAGGACGAGUACAUGUUGAGUCCCUGUGGCAAUCGCAUUUGGUUUGUCGUCGAACUCUGCGAGGCGAUACAAGCUCAAAAAGUCGAAUUAGCCAAUUUUGAGUUGUUCUCUUCGUCGCCGAAAAAUUUCACUGUUGCUGUCUCAAAUCGUUUUCCCACACGUGAUUGGUCGAAUGUGGGUCGAUUCAUAGCGGAAGAUAAGCGGAAUGUGCAAAGUUUUGACUUGCAUCCACAUUUGUUUGGCAAAUUCGUACGCGUUGACAUACACUCACACUACUCCAAAGAGCAUUUCUGUCCCGUGUCACUUUUUCGCGUUUUCGGCACAUCAGAGUUCGAAGCUUUCGAAACAGAGGAUACACCUCACACCGAUUUGGAUGAUUUCGAUGAUGAUUUCGGGCAAGAACAAGUGCAUGCGAAGAGUGCUGAUACGAAUCUCUUUAAGUCCGCUUCGGACGCUGUACUCUCGAUCGUCAAAAAAGCGGCCGAAGUGCUUGUCAAACCCGCAAACCAACAGAAUACGACACACACACGCACGCAAACACAUACAACGCAGUGCCGUACACCCGCAACGGGACCUUAUAACUGCGUCGACUGUAGCCAAUCGUUAGUAGCGCGCAUCAACAAUGCACUCUCCUGUGAGUAUCAAUCUCUGCAAGCGUUGCUUAGAGUGCCAUGGCUGCUGAAAGAUCUACUGCGCACGCGCAUUUGUGCCAAGGAUUAUGGCAUUGAACUGAAAGCGAAAUCUAUCGGCGAGCUGGGUACGCGCAAACAAAUGGACGUAAAAAACAGUUAUUACCUGAAUUUACUGCCAAGAGAAUAUGUAGGUGCACUGUGCCAAAUGUUAGCGACACAAGCAAAAGCGAAAUCAACAACAACAGCUGCAGCAGACGACACGCAAGACGAAAAUGUGGUUACGGAACCGCCUUUAAAUCUUACUAUCGACAAGAAAUUGAAAAAAGACGAUUUCCGAAUCAUCGACGGCACGCAAAAGAAGCUAGUUACAACCGAAACCACAAAUCUCGGUGACGAUAUUGCAACUGAAAGCGCUGAAGCAACAUCUAGCGGUGAUGGUGCACCACCGCCAACAACAACAACAGGCACAACGGAAAGUGGGACAGCGGAAGCAGAGCAAAUUGCACGUCCACCACAAGCGAACAUAGACGACGCAACGACAACUACACAUGCGCCACAUACGAGCGAUAGCAAGGAACCAACACCCGAUGUAAAUAUAUUCAAUGUACCUGCACAUAAAGAACAACAAGAACUGCAAAAACCAUCGCAACCCAGCGAACCAAGCAUUGGCAGCCACACAGAGGAGCAGCAGAGCAGCGGUGACUCAAGUGAUGACAGCAGCGCUCCAAGCAGCACAACGACUUCGAUACCGCCUGUAAACGGCGACACUCUCAAAGUGCUUGCCGACAGCUCGAGCAGCGAUAACGCGCCACCGACGCUUCAACCAACGCCAACAACUACAGUCAACCCCUCAGUGGGCACACGCAGUGAAGAGGAUGCCGCCUCUUGGGAGAACAUCGAUAAUUUGAUUACUUCUACGACAGCAGCGCCGAGUGGCGGCGAGGCGAGCGCGCAUGGCAAUCAGCCUGGCGUGAACCUACAGCAGAAAAUACCCAGUGGUCCACAAUCGGAGAGCGUCUUCAUACGCCUGUCCAAUCGUAUUAAGGCGCUUGAACGGAAUAUGUCCCUGUCGGGUCAAUACCUGGAAGAACUAUCACGACGCUAUAAAAAACAAGUUGAAGAGCUACAACUCACACUCACGCAAACGGUGCAAACAGUACGCACGCUGGAGGAACAGAAUCGCCGCCAAAGCGAGCUACAACAAUUGCUCGCGCAACGCAAUGCCCAACUGAAGGAGGAACUGGACGACCUGUCGCUACAGGUGCACGCAUGCAUCGUAGUCAUAAUCUUUGUGGGCGCCUUUGUCUUUCUCGUACUUCUGGUUAGUAUACUCUUCUAUCGUUCAAUGCGUCGUGAAACUAAGGAAGUGCUAGCACUCUACACCAGCGCGAAUCGAAAGAAGACAGCUAGUGCGGUGGCUGCAAUGCAGAAAAAACUCAAUCGACGUAAGUCAUUUGAAGAUUUCUCUGAUCAUCAGCAGAGCGGGGAGAAAAUGCGACGACCCAGUGAGGAGGCGCUUAUGAUACUGAAGGAAAGCAGUGAUGGUAAAGCUGUCGAAGCUGUUGGCGAUACCGCGAAAAAUAUAACACAGCGUGAACGGAAAAUGUCCAUUUGUUACAGCAACAAUAUGGGCGGAACGAAUCUCUCGCAUGAUGCCACUAGCGCGCGUACGGAAGGCGAGUCGAGUGCUCAAAAUAUCAGGCAGCGACGCAAAGGCGAAAAACAUUCCUGGCCAAAUACCGAACAUGCGCAACAGCAGGCACGACGUCAUCUCGCCCAGCUAAAUGCGACAAACGUUACUGCUGCAGAGCUCAUGGAAAAUUUGGACAAAGUUAAUGGACGACCAUCGCGUGCACCGCCACUUACGUCGGGUGGUGAAUACCACAAUAAGACCACUGGCAAUAAAUCGAGACGAAAAACGCAACUGCCGCGCCGACAAGCCUCCGUAUCGCAUGAUUUUAUGGGCAGCGCGCAUUUAAAUAAUACUGCAUCCCUGGAUAUAGACAGUGCAGCUGAAUACGAUGAAAGUCUACGUCUCGAAGAGGAUGACCUUGACAAUUUCAUACCCACAUCUGACCUAGCGUACAACGAAUUUAUGCCUGAAGGUCCGUCUGGCUAUCAAGUGGACGAUGGUGUGGAGACUGUAGACGGCGUCAACGCAGAUAGCAAGAAAUCGGGCAAAAAGCUAAGUCGUCUAACAGCGCCGGGUUUCUUUAAAUCACCAUUUGGCAAGAGCCGCAACAAACUACGUAACAGUAAAUCGACAAAGCAUCCGCAUGAAUCCACCUCCUGGGAAUGGUAUCGCUCGAAAAAUGCUGAGCCGAAGCCGUUAAGUGGUUCGGUGUCGGCAAGUGGUGGUUUUAUGCGCGCAUCACCAACCGUUAGUUUGGACUCAUCAUCACUCUCGGAAAUUUUACUACCGAACAGUCGUACAGAGAAUUCAUUUCGCAUACUCGAAGAGGCCAUACUUUCAUCGGGCGAGAGCAUAGCCGCGAGCAGUGUAGCAACAACUGGCACAAGUGCCACAGAUAACGGUAAUGGUAAUACACACAGUAAUGGCAGUAGCAUCGCUAGCAAUAGUAAUCGCAGCUCCACAUCCUCUACAUCAACGAAAAAGAAAAAUCGCAGCUUCAACAAAAUAUUUCGCAAAGUAUUUUAGACCAUUUUGAGGUUUUAGUAAUUGCGUAGUUAUUAUUUUCUUAAUUAAUAUAAAGUGUUUGACUAAAAGCAGUGCGCUUAAGAGAACGAGAGAGAAACCGUUAGAAGUAGUUAAAGUUUUGAAAUUCAAGCGCCUUUUGGAGUGCAUUUAAGCAAUGAUUUCCGACACAAGUGCUUACGAAUAGAGCGCCAAGGGAUAUCAGAUAAUUAUCUAUGGUAGACUCGCAAAGUAGUUAUAGUCUGAGUUCAGUCGCAUGAUAUUGCAUAAUACUGUUAAAAUCAGUGACCCCACUAAAAUCUAUAUUUCUUACAAUAAUUUCUACAUAAAACGCAAAGCCGAAAGUCUGAAAUUGUACACAAAUUUACAAAUAUGAAAUAACGAUCACUUCGUGCAUAUUCGUGUAGUUGCGUACGAAGUUAUAAUAGGGUGGUCCAAUUACAAAAUUGCUGCUAAUUUUAGAGAGUUCAGUUUGUAGUUUUCAAAAAACAAAACAUUCAGCAUGUUAGAGCGUUCUUUUGCAACUUUUUUUAGUUUAGAAUUUAUCUCAAAAUCUAUUACUUUUUUCAAAGGGAAAUUAAACAUCCUUACAUUAUUAUUUCAACACAAUCUUUUGCAUAAUUUAAAAUUUGUCAUGUAUUUUACAAAUUUAAUUAAAGAAUUCUACAUAUUUUGACCUGUCUGCAUUGCUUUAUACGCACAUUUUCUUCAGUUCAAGCAUGUUCAAUUACCAAACACUUAAUAUACGCCAUUUUGUGCUUGCCUGCCGAUGUUCUUGUAAUAAAUUUAUUUCUUUAAAAAUAUUAUUUGUUGUUGCAACAAUAUUUUUAUACAAAAUAAUUUUGUUUUUAAUUUAGUUUUUGGUUAAGAGAGUUCAUAAGAAUUAUAUGGCUACGAUCAACAAUUUUGACAAUUCGAUGGAUUGCAAUAAAAAAGAGAAAAUAUAACUAAGUCAACUAUUUGAUGGAAAUGAUGGGAAGAGAGAGAGAGAAGGGAAUGUAGCUUCAAAGCUGUGCUGCAUAAAUUUACGAUUUUCUUAUUUUACAACUGCUCGUUAUUAAACCCGACAACAUGUAAAAUUUAUUCAUUUGAAAUUUUAAACAAAAAACUAUUGUAAUUUUGUGAUUUAAAUAUUUUUCUAAAGUUUUCCAAAUCCUAUUUCUGUCGUAUUUUUAAUAUAUGUCAUGAAUACUUUAGUUUUGUAUAUAUAAUAUUAUAAGCAUGUAUAUGAAGGAAAUAUUCUAUUUAUAUGAACUGUUGUAAGUAGCCAUUGUACGAGGCGAAAAAUUGUUAUUAUUGCAAAAAGAUAGUACAUUUUUGAAAAUUAUUUAACAAAAAGUUUAAAUCGCCUGAUUAUUGUUAUAUAUAAGCAAAUGUAUGUACAUACCAAUAUGUACCUGUGUGUAUAUAGUGGUUAAAAUGUGCAGUGCAUAUAUGUACUCAAACAUAUUUGUAGGCUGUUUAGUAAAAAAAAAUCGAAAGUAUCCGUUUCGGCAAGACUUACAUAUGUACACCUAAAUGGAGUCACCUAGUUACUUAAAAAUUGAAUAUUAUUGCAAAAUAAAUUUUCAAUGUAAGUAGUUACACAUAGAAUAUUGAAUUAUUUUGUAUUUAGAUGAAGAAAACACAACGAUAAAUCAACACAUAUUUUCAUUAAAGAAUUGUGUUGACAAUAAUAAUACACGUAGAUUUUUUUCAUUAAUAUUUGUAUUUUAAAUUUUUUACAGUACCAUGUUUUCUUUCCAGGCAUACACACACAAGUGCAUAUAAAUACAAAUAUUUGGAAUAAGCCUUAAUUGUACUUGUUAUUCAUUCGCAAUUGCCAAUUUGGUAGCUUGUUUAAAUUCAGUUUCGCAUUUUUCUCAUUGUGAGAUUUAUUUUCAUACUAUUUCUAAGUUCCUUUAUUGCAUUAUUUCAUACAAUCAUAAAAUAUUGUUAUAUCAUUUCAUUAUAACGUAAAUAUUUCAUGCAUUCAUUAGUUUGUAAAUUAAAUUCUAAUUUUAUUCAUAUGAAAUGUAUUUUAAAGCAAUUGUUAUACAUAUGUAAGUACAUAGGUAUAAGUUUAUUUGUUCAAAUAUUAUUUUUGAUUAAUUUGUAAAUUCAAUGGCUAAUUUAUUUAAAAUUGCUAUUGAUUGUAAGCUCUUAAAUAUUCUUUCAUGUGUAUAUUUCUAACUUGUAGUUGUACAUUUAUGUAAGAGCGCGUACAUUUAUGUAUUUGUAAGAGAUAUUGCGUUUAUAGCAUAAAAUAAUGCAACGCCAUAAAGCUGUUUUGUCUGUCUAUAGGCGUUAUGUAUUUAAUAAAAAAGGAUGUAGUAGUAUUUUAGGUAAAAUAAAUAUACAUUGGACUUUACGAAAUUGCCACAUUCAUAUAAGAAUAAAUACAAAUAAAUU